AUGAAUAUCGUUGAAAUUUCCAUAUUCGAUUUGUAUCAUUUUGAAGACGAUAAAAGAAAUUAUGAUUUAACAAUUCAAGAUGAAUUUCAACUUGAUGAUGGAAUUAUUAGCGAAUCAUUUAAUAAUAUAUUUGAUAUGGAUAUUGUUGCAACAAUUAUUCUUUCUAGUGUAUCGGAUGGUUCUGUUGUGAUAUCAAAUCUUGUUCAAGAUAUUGUUUUACGUGUAUUAAAUAAACAUCAUGGUAAUGUACCAAUUUGUAUAAAUGAUUCAAAACAAUUAUUAGAAAAUAAUUCAUUUUUCAUGAAUCAUCAAUUAUAUUAA